AUGGCUCAUACUGAGAUUAUCGAUUUGAUCCAAUUAUCACCCCCAUCUUCCCUCUUCACCAUCCCCUCCCCCAAUGGACUGAUCAUGUGGCCCUGCAGACGGAUGAUCACCUCCCUGCACCAGGCCAUCGGACGUCUGGAACGAGACCGCGACCUCCAUCUGCAGAGGAUACAGAACCUGGAAGAGGAGGUGCGCCGGUCGGCUGCUGUGCGGGGAGAGGUGACGGAGUCCCUGCUGGAGAGAAAGGUGGAGGGGCUGAGACAGGAGAUGUCGUGUGAACUGCGCCACCUGCAGGACAGAGUGAGGGAGGCGCCCCAGGUCUCCAGCCCCCCCCUGCGAUCCACAAGCAGCAUCCUACAGGAAGUCAAUGAGAAUAAACGGUUGCUAUGGAAAGAAUAUGAAAGUUUGCGCAGAGACAGCGACUAUCUCCACCAGAGAUUACGGCGGCAAGAGGACGACUUACUGCGGCAACUUUCAGAAGGACAGGAGCUGAAGAGAGCGCAAGAAAGGAACGCCUGUGCUCUGGAAGGAUUACUGAGCAGCCAUCAGAUGCAGACGCAGGACCUGAGCAGGACGCGGUCGGACGCACAGAACGUACAGAGGGAUCUGCUGCUGAUCAGGUCGGCGAUCGGAGAUCUGAAGGAAGAGGUGAGAGUCCUGGAGGGAAAGGUCUCGGUCAGACCCGCCAGGGCCGAGCGAGAUGGACGGCCCAGAUCUGCCAGGAAGCCGGCCAGCAAAUCGCCAUCGCUGUCCUCGCUGGAAGACGCCCAAUCACAGCUCAGCCUGGCUGACAUCAGCUCUGAGGACACGUCGUACAGUCUUGGCGUUCCCACAAUCUCAAGAGGUACCGGCUCAGCCCUAUCGGUGUAUGAGUGA